AUGACUCACCUUUGUGAUGCCAUUUCGGUAUGCAGCCCACGACCGGCUCCCGAACCUUCAGCUGGCCGACGUCUCGCCUUGCAGUUGAAGGAAAACGGUAAUGUCGCCUUCAAAUCUGAGGAAUUCUCUACCGCGAUCAACCUCUACUCUCGAGCGAUCGAAUUCUACGGUCAGGAGCCGACGUACUACGCAAACCGAGCAGCGGCGUACAUCGCUCUGAAACGCCAUCGUCUCGCCCUUGCCGAUUGUCAGCAGGCUCUGUCCCUGGAUAAUACUGGUCCAACCUCUAAGCUGCUAACUCGGCUGGGUCGUUGCCACUUUGCGCUGGGUGAUCCGACUAAUGCACUUGACGCACUACGCCGGGCACUCCAUAUAGAACCUGAUAACGAGAUGGCCAAAGCCUUCAGGACAAAAGCGUUACAGCAACAGACCAACAUUCAGGAGUUCGCUUCUGCAAGAGCUCGAAACCACUGGCGAAUGGCACAGUCUGCGUACGAGAGUUGUGUGGCGUCAGUCGAGAAAGAAAUGGGUGAAAUAUCCGCGGAGUGGAGGUGCUGGGGCAUCGAAGUGGAGAUUGCGAGAGGACGAUGGGACUCAGCUAUAGAUCUCGCAGAGUACGCCCAUCAAUCUUUUCCUUCCUGUGUCGAUCUGUCCAUGUUACGAGCUCUCGUGUCUUUACUCACGGGAGAACUGUCCGCGGCGAUUACGCACGCUGAACUAGCAUUAGCUCUUGAUCCCAACAAUGAAAAGGCAAAGGAUCUUCGAACUCGCAUCCUUGGUGUUGAGAGCGAGAAGAUGGAGGGGACUAUGUCGUUUCUGCAACGUGCAUGGCAAUGUGCAAUCAGCGACUGGACAAGUGCAUUAGAUGUCGUCGGAGAGGAACCUGAAGAGGGCAAUGGCGGUCCCUUGAGGGGUGUACUGCUAGCCAAUAGAGCAACCGCGUACAUGAAGGUGCGAUUGAAUCAAGACAAAGAAGCCAUGUCUGAUGUUCAAGCUUCUCUCAUACUCAAGCCAAAUUAUUUCAAGGCACUUCGCACUCGAGCUCGGCUCCAUCUACGGGAUGGAGAUCUGGAGUCGGGCAUCAGGGACCUCGAGGAGGCUAUCUCGCAUGCGUCAGAGCAGAAGGCCAAGGAUGAGUUACAGGCAGAGCUUCGAGACGCCGAAGUCUCACUAGAGAAGGCCAGAAGUCGGAAAAAAAACCAUUAUGAAGUGCUUGGCGUCUCAAGGUUUUCUCUGCAAGUUGACAUCAGGAAGGCCUACAGGCGAGAAAGUCUUAUACAUCAUCCAGAUAAGGGCGGCAACGCAGAGAAAUUCAAACUCGUCGCCACAGCGUAUGGGGUUCUUUCGGACCCUGUUGAACGACAGAAGUACGAUCUCACCAACCAGUCUUCUUGCACGGAUGCCGACUUUAGCACGGCAGGCGAGACAAACAUGGGGGAUUUCGCGAGUACGAGACCUACCGGAGGCCCCUUCGCAGGUGGACCCUACGCAGGCGGCCCCUACACGGGUUUUGCUGGCUUCAAUUAUGGGCGAUUCUAG